CAUUUUAUAAAUAUUGUAGUUGAUAAAAAUAUUUUUUUAUUAUUAUUAAAAAAAAAAAAUAAAAUAAAAUGCAAGUAGACGAUUGCGGUCACGUCCUUGAACUAGACCAAGCAUGUAUUACUUUUAAUUUUGAUAGUGAUAGUAAUAAUAAUUAUUCGAUUUAUUCGCUCACUUCUGAUUGCAAUUCCUGCCCGUACACAAAAUUAAGUGACUUGGGAUCGAAAAACGAGAGUUUUGUGUUCAAUAGUCAGAAAUCUUGGAAUCUGCGUAUUUUCAAUGGGUCGGAAAAUUUUGAACCCCAGAAAUAUCGGGAUUCGGAUGAUACUCAAGGUCUAGUGUGCGAAUUGAAGCCGGAUUUUGGCGAAUUUGGAAUUUAUGAAGCAUUUGAUGACUGUCAUGUUGAAAUAAUUAAACAGCCCUCAAAUUUUUACACUCCCCUCGUCAUUAUAUUUGGCACAUUAAUAGUUCUAUUCACUCUAACCAUUCUCGUAAAAUCUAUAAUAAAAUACUACAAAUCAAAAAAACGAUCUGUCAUAAAUGAAGAUCCAAAACCACAAAAAAAACGUAUCCAGUCAAUCGACAGCUUCCGGGGAUUAAGCAUACUGAUGAUGAUUUUCGUAAACAAUGGCGCUGGGGGUUACGCCAUUUUGGAACACGCGACCUGGAACGGAUUAUUUAUAGGAGACUUGAUAUUCCCGUCUUUCAUUUGGAUCAUGGGAGUUUGUGUCCCGAUAUCUCUGACGUCUCUUCUCUCUCGCCAAGUCCCCAGACACAAAAUAAUAGCGAACAUUAUAAAAAGAAGCUGUUUGCUAUUCUUUAUUGGUGUCUGCCUAAAUUCACUGGGCACAGACGCAGACCUGAGUACGUUGAGAAUUUUUGGAGUUCUCCAGCGCUUUGGAAUCGCUUACUUAGUUGUCGGUUUAGUCUAUACAUUGAUGAGUCGUCGCCAUGACCUGGAAUUCCAACGGGGAAUAUUUAAAAAUUUAUGCGACUUUAUUUUACUGAUUCCCCAGUGGAUUUUUUAUAUCACGAUACUUGUUGUAUACUUGGUAAUUAUUUUUCAUUUGGACAUUCCAGGAUGCCCGAGAGGUUACUUAGGACCCGGGGGGCUGCAUGAAAACAGAAAAUACUUCAACUGUACCGGUGGAUCCACUGGAUACCUCGACAAACUAGUCUUAUCUAAACACCUCUACCAAUACCCAACCAUCGCCUCUGUUUACCAAUCCGGACCGUUCGACCCCGAAGGAUUGAUCGGGUGUCUUCCGACCAUUUUCCAAACUUUUCUGGGUGUCCAGGCUGGUAAAAUCCUUCGGGUCUACAAAGAUUGGCGAGCUAGGACCGUUAGAUGGAUGAUACUCGCUCUUAUCUACGCGGCCCUUGGCUCCAUUCUCCACUUCAAUGACAUCAUUCCAGUCAACAAAAAUCUAUGGUCAAUCUCAUUUGUGUUAGUGACUACAAGCUUCGCUUUGACCAUUUUUACGAUUUUUUAUUUAUUAAUCGACGUCGUCAAACUGUGGGACGGAUCACCUUUUCGUGUACCAGGUAUGAACGCACUUGUUAUGUACAUCGGUCAUCAAAUGUGCUACCAAAUUUUCCCAUUUCAUUGGAAAUAUGGAAACAUGAAUUACCACAGCUGGAAAACCAUAAGCGCUCUAUGGGAUGCUGCUAUCUGGACAGUCAUCGCCUAUAUUUUGCAUUAUAAAAAAAUAUAUAUAACCCUCUGAUCCAUUUCUCAAAAUUCAAUUUCCAAAAUUUUCCCUCCCAAAAAGGAAAUUCCUCAAAUAAAAAAUUCAAUUAAUCAU